ACUGUAUUUUUCUUGGAUAUUCUAGGUGACUUCAAAGAAGGAUAUUUCAUAGGUGUUGAAGUACAUGAAGAUGAUCCUGAUGCAAAAAAACCCUUUUAUGCUCCAAAUCAAUGGCCUUCAGAAGAUAUUUUACCUGGCUGGAGGCAGGUUAUGGAGCAGUACCACAAAGAGGCCUUGAGAGUGUCCCGGGCAAUUUUAAAGAUUAUAGCUCUUACACUCGAUUUAGAUGCUGACUUCUUUGAUAAACCAGAAAUGCUUGGUGAGCCCCUGGCGACAUUGAAGCUUCUUCACUAUGAAGGCAAAAUUUCUGAUCCUGCAAAGGGAAUAUAUGCAUGUGGAGCUCAUUCUGAUUUUGGUUUCAUUGCUCUCUUGGCCACUGAUGAUGUGACCGGUCUUCAGAUAUGCAAGGAUAAGGAUGCCCAACCUCGGAUAUGGGAAGAUGUUGCUCCUAUGAAAGGAGGUUUCAUUGUCAAUAUUGGUGAUUUGCUCGAGCGGUUGACUAAUGAUGUCUUCAGAUCGACAUUGCACCGUGUUGUAUUAGAUGGACGAGAACGUUAUUCUAUUCCAUUUUUUGUGGCCCCAAAGCCUGAAUGCGUUGUGGAGUGUUUGCCAUCCUGCGCCUCUGAGAAGAACCCACCCAAGUAUCCCCCGAUAACAUGUGCUGCAUACAUGAACCAGAGAUACAUUGAUACACAUCUUGGCCCGACCUCAUAUCAUACACAAGAAAUGAGAGAAUAAACGCAGGUAUAGCAGGUCUACAAAGGCUAAUAUUUGACAGUAACUCUAUCAGAAAUAAUAUUUGAAGCCAUUCGAAGGAGUCCGUAUUUGGGAAAUAAAAGAUUGUUUUACUGAACAAUCAUGCUUCAAUUACUGGUCUGUCUUUCAGGGAAUUAUCACUGUUCUCGGAAAGGUUAGCUUUUGUAGAAAUCAAUUGCUACUUGGAAUAAAUCUGACUCGUGUGGUGAAAAUAAAUUUGAUACUCAUUUAAACGCGAUUAAUAAAUGUGGCUUGAGGUUCUAUUUGAA